UUGGAGGUUCAUUCACUAACCCUUCGUAUAUCUAUCUAUCUAUCUAUCUAUCUAUCUAUCUGUAUUGUUGAUUUCAACCUUUAUUAUCUAUCUAUCUAUCUAUCUAUCUAUCUAUCUAUCUAUCUAUCUAUCUAUCUGUGUGUGUUUGUAGCAAUCACUUCAGAAAUUGAUUCUCAAUCAUUUCGUUUUAUCUGCUAUCGUUCUCCCACUUCAAUGCCUUUUCUUCAUAUUUCAUCAUCGCUUUUUUUUCUUCUUCCUAUUUUUUCUCUAUCUCCUUACUCUCUACUCUUCUUCUUAUUCUUCAUACACUAUCUCGUCACUGUUUCUUACUACAUCAUCAUCAUCAUUUUCUUCUUCGUCAUUCAUUAUCUUGUCACUGCUGCUUAUUACAUCAUCAUCAUCAUCUACGUCGUUAUCAUCAUCAUCUUCAUAAUAAUCCCCUUCCGCUUUAUUCACUGUUUUCUUCAUUCACUAUCUCGUCGCUGUCUCUUACUACAUCAUAAUCAUCAUCGUUUUCUUCUUCUUCUUCUUCAUUCACUGUCUUCUCUAUUCCCUAUCUUAUCACUGCUUCUUACUACAUCCUCAUCAUUUUCUCUUUCUUCUUCAUUCACUGUCUUCUUCUUCAUUCACUAUCUCGUCACUGUCUCUUACUACAUGAUCAUCAUUUUCUCUUUCUUCUUCAUUCACUGUCUUCUCCAUUCCCUAUCUUGUCACUGCUUCUUACUACAUCAUCAUCACCAUCAUUUUCUUCUUCAUUCACUGUCUUCUUCUUCAUUCAUUAUCUUCGUAAAUGCCCUUCCUCUUCUUCUUCUUCUCCUCCUCCUCCCUUUCUUCUUCUUCUCCUCCUCCUCCUCUUCCCCUUCUUCGUCUUCUCCUCCUCCUCUUCUUCUCCUCCUCCUUCUUCUUCUUCUCCCUUUCUUCUUCUACUCCUCCUCCUCUUUCUUCUUCUUCUUUUUCUUUUUCUUCUUCUUACUCUUCAGCUGCGACGAUUUUAAUGAUCUUCGAAUCAUGCGGACGUUCACCAGCAGUGCAUGCAUAGGUCUCAUAUCUCCAAGGGAUUUUGUGGACGUCAUAUAUUCGGUGGACAACGAUAAAUUUAUGGCAACUUGUGCCGUGAGCAUCGUGUAUGAUGACUGUCCUCCAAUGUCGACAUAUGUCAGAGGCUGGAAUCACCCCUGUGGAUUAAUUUGUUGUCGAAUACCUAAUGCUGUGCAAACUGCAUCCAACCUUAAAAUCUGCACGGGCAUUACUGACAUUACUCACUAUCUAUCUAUCUAUCUAUCUAUCUAUCUAUCUAUCUAUCUAUCUAUCUAUCUGCCUAUCUAUCAUUGGCUUUUCACAUCUAUCUAUCUAUCUAUCUAUCUAUCUAUCUAUCUAUCUAUCUAUCUAUCUAUCUAUCUAAGUCUGCUAAUAUCUGUCUGUCUCAGCCUGUUUAUAUCUAUCUAUCUAUCUAUCUAUCUAUCUAUCUAUCUAUCACAGUCUGUUAAUAUCUGUCUGUCUCAGACUGUUUAUAUCUAUCUAUCUAUCUAUCUAUCUAUCUAUCUAUCUAUCUAUCUAUCUCAGCCUGUUCAGCCAUCUAUCUAUCUAUCUAUCUAUCUAUCUAUCUAUCUAUCUAUCUAUCUAUCUAUUCAAAUUAAAUAUUCACUUAGCUAUCUCGAGGAAUGA